AGGAGGAGUUUUCAUUCUGCUCUAGGAGGAUGGAGAACCACUGACCUUUGUCUGGACAGUGCUGAUUGGCCCUGUGCUGAUCACAUGCACUCUUCCAAGAAAAAUAAAAACCUCUUUAGCAAUGCACACCAAACUGAGCAUGUGCAGAGUGACUCCACAUGAUAUGCCUUAUCUGGAAGAAGGGGAGGAUCAGAGAAGUCGGGAUCAGGCAGCCUUUUACACAAUGCAGAGGAUUAACCCUUUAGGUUCCACAGUGAGUAUAACAAGCAUGCUUUACUGCAUAUACAGCCUGAUUUUACUGUUGUGGGUUUAGUAACACUU